AUGAACAGCAUCCCUAUCUUUGGCAAUCUGAAAGAAGGCAGUGUGAAGGAUCCGACAGUAGGAUCAGGAGAUGCCGAUGUGUUGCCGCUCCCCAUGUUCGAUGAGCUGCCUGAGGGAGCCAGAGCUUUGCGUGAGCUGAGGUGCAUCGAGCAGGCAGCACUUCUGGCUCGUUGUGCACUGAUAGAGUUGGGAACUGCCCGGGACGAGUUGCGAACAUGGGAGAUGGUCCCCUAUGUGGAAGCUUUGAGAGUGCAGCACAGGUCUGCGUUUAUGAUACAGGCUGCAGCAGCCUUGUACAGAGCACGCCAUGAACGCGAGCGCAGCAGGACCCGUCAGCGUGCUCUCUUGGUCACUGAGCAGCUGGUGGAGGCUGUCAGGAUCGGGAGUGCCGUGCUGCAGUUGGAGCGACGAUAUUGUGCGAUGACUGUGUGGCUCCCAGUGAUUGCUUCAUUACGACGCGAACUUGCGGAACAGCAAGUUGCAAAUGGUCUUGUAGGUGAUGCCAUCAAGACUUAUGAAGAGCUGGAAAUGUGGGACAACCUGAUUACGUGCUAUCAAUUGCUUGGCAAGGAUGCACAGGCUGGGGAUCUCAUCGCAGCGAGGCUCAAAGAAGACCCGAACAACCCAAGGCUUUGGUGCGCCCUUGGCGAUCUAAAACACGAUGAUGAGUGCUACAGAAUGGCAUGGGACCGGUCUGGGCAGCACUAUGCUCGAGCACAGAGGUCCCUGGCUCGGAGUGCAUUGGGCAGGAAGGACUUUGUGGCUGCUGCUGAGUGCUUUGAGACGGCCCUGGCAAUCAGUCCUCUGUUUCCAGAUGCAUGGUUCUCCCUUGGGUACUGCUACCUCAAGAGGAAUUACGACAGGGGAGCCUUGAAGGCCUUCACGCGAUGCGCACAGUUGGACCCGGACCAUGGAGAAGCCUGGAACAACCUUGGUGCUUUGUGGAUGCGUGCCAGCAAACCCACUCGUGCUGUCUGGGCAUUCAAGGAAGCUAUCAAGGCCAAGAAGAACAACUGGCGGAUGUGGGAGAACUUUGCCCAGGCCUCGAUAGAGUCUGGCGAGUGGAUGCAAGCCGCUCGGGGACUCACCCAAGUGCUGGAUUUAACCGGAGCUGAGCACCUCAAGCUGGAGAUGGUGGAGGCAUUGGUGAACCGGGAGUCGGCAGCUGAAUCGGAAGUGCCCGGCCUGAAGGCCACUGUUGGGGCGUUGCUGGAGCGUGCAGUGAAAGGGCUUCCAUCCUUCCCGCCAAACCUUUGGCGCAUCUAUGCCCGGCACCACAGGGCGGUCGGAGAUCCCGGUCAGCACAGAGAGUGCAUGCUGAAGAGCGUUCGGCAGCUGCAGGGAUCGCAGUGGCGGCAUGACCAGAGCCGAUUCGAAGAACUGGCAUCUGCAAUGGCCGACCUUUGCCGUGACUACCUCGAAUCCGGUCGAGCCACUCCCUCGCCAGGGGCUGCGUGCAGUGAGCAGCCAGAGCCGGGAGGCCAAGGGAUGACCCAGGGCUCCCGUGGCCAACGAUCAGACAGCGCACUGCCCAUGGCACCAGUCAGCGUCCAGGAUUUGGCAUCGAUGCGGAUGCAGCUCAAGGGUGUCGUCAAGCAAGGGAGGGAGGCAUACGAGGAUAGCGACAGCUACAAGACACUGUCGAAGCUCUUGGAAGAGAUAACAGGCGUGGAGGAACGCUUGAGGACCACGUAG